AGAAAAUUUGUCAAUCCAAGAUAAGAAAAAAAUGAAAAUUGAAGUAGAAUUUCUCUCCAAAGAGCUAAUAAAGCCAUCAUCUCCUACACCAGACCAUCUUCGCCAUCUCCAACUUUCAUUUCUUGAUCAAAUCCAAGCUCCAGUUUGUAUGCCUUUCGUUCUUUUUUACACUAAAGAUCCCGAUUUUACCAAUUCUGAAAGAUGCAAUAUGCUGAAGACAUCUCUAUCAAAAGCUUUAACCACAUUCUAUCCGCUAGCCGGACGUGUUAGAAACAAUACGUACAUUGACUGUAACGACGAGGGUGUCUUGUUCGUUGAAGCUCAAGCGAAUUUUCCACUCUCGAAUAUUCUUGAAUCUUCUGAUUCAGCGGCCGGUUCAAAAAAAGUUCAUAAGGUACGUUCAUGCUACGAUCCUAACAGCAACAAGAAGUUCUUUCCUCUUCAACUUGAUGAAGGAAAGGAUUUUGCAGCUUUUUUCCAAAUAACUUUCUUUAACUGCGGCGGUUUAGCCAUUUCAAUGGCGAUGUCGCAUAAACUCGGCGACGGCUUAUCAGUGAUGGUGUUCCUCAACAGCUGGGCUGCAAUCACUCGAGAAUCAAAUUCUGAUGAUCUAAUAAAAAUCCCCCCGUUUGGUUUAGCCACAAUCUUUCCGCCUAAAAAUCUAGGGUUUGAGCCGAGAAACUGGAUUAUGAAAGAUAAUAUUAUCACAAAGAGAUUUGUAUUUGAUACUUCCGUCUUAUCCGAUCUUAAAACGAAAUAUUCCGAUGACAAUGGCUGCCGUCCGACGAGGGUGGAGGCGUUAUCCGCUUUCAUAUGGAGUCGGUUCAUGGCGGCUACUCAAGCGAACGAAACAAAUAAUAAGCUAUACCUAGUGCAUCAUGCAGUGAAUUUGCGUCCGAGAAUGGAUCCGCCUCUCUCGAAUCAGCAUUUUGGGAACAUUAGCCGGAUCGCCACCACGCUAGCGGAUCAAGACGGAGAGUGUGACGGAAUUAUGAGUCGGAUGAGAGAUUCUAUUAAAAAUGUGAAUGCAGAUUAUGUGAAGAGUCUCCAGAAGAGCGACGGACAUUUGAAUUUUCUCAAGGAAGGAACGGAAAAAGUUGCGAAAGGAGAUGUGAUUAGUUUUAGCUUUACUAGUUUAUGUAAUUUUCCGACGUAUGACAUUGAUUUCGGGUGGGGAAAGGCGGAGUGGACCGGUUCAGCUCCGUUGCCGUUCAAGAAUUUAGCUGUUUUGUUGGAUACUAAUGAUGGGAAGGGGAUAGAGGCAUGGAUUAAUUUGAAAGAGGAAGAUAUGGCUAAGUUUGACAUUGAUAAGGAGCUUCUUGCUCAUGUUUCUUCUUCUAUUUUAUGAUCUAGAUUUUGUAUAGUCUGAUUUGACUGAGUCUAAAGUUGCUAUUGCCUGUCAAAUUUCUAAGUAUUCUUGUUUUUGUAUUGCUUUUGUUUGUCUGAAUUUUAAAAUUAAAAUGUUAAGCAUUUAAUGUUUGCAAGUUGGUCAAUUAAUUA